AUGGUUGGCAGGCGUUGGUUGGGACGAAGAGAUUCAACAAUCGUUUUGGCAUGGCUACGACAACUCCCAGUCAGAUUCAAACCAUACGUAGCGAACAGGGUGAGUUACGUACAACAGAAUAGUGACCCGUCUGCAUGGCAUCAUAUUCCUACGGCACAUAACCCAGCAGAUUGUGCUAGUCGAGGAUUAACACCUUCGCAGAUACAGGCUCAUACACUCUGGUGGACGGGCCCUGGUUUUCUUCAACAAGGCAAUCUAUACAAUACGGCAAGUGAACCAUUAUGCUCACAAGAUGAUCUUCAAAACUUACGGCAGGAAGAGAGGUUACCGGUUGUGACUCAUACACGCAUUGAGAACAUGGGCUUGCUCAUGACGCGACGACGAGAUGGUCUCGCGAUCAAUUUCCUGGAUCGAACGAAUUCCCUCACGAAGAUAAAACGGAUUAUGGCUCACAUUCUUUACGCACUUUAUGCUGGCAGCAAGAAGCGAGUAACAUACGGUUCCGAAAUAUGCAGUGUGGAGCGAUUACAUCAGGCAAUGCAAGCGAAGAACUUACCAGGCUCCAGCACACUCAGUUCAUUGAAUCCAUUUAUCGAUGAAGGCAAUAUUUUGCGAGUUGGUGGCCGGAUCAAACGGUCGACAUUGGAUGCGAAUCAAAGGUUUCCAAUUAUCCUAUCGAGAGAAGGCAAACUAGCAUAUAUGAUUGUGGCUGAAGUACAUCGCACAACUUUACAUGGUGGUGUGCAAUUAAUGUUGCAGAUCAUUCGACAAACGCAUUGGAUCAAAGGAGGCCGGGCACUUAUUCACAAGCAGCCGUGUAAACAACUCCAUUCAGACAAUGGCACAAAUUUCCAGGGUGCAAAUCGUCGUAUGGAAGAGGACUUAGAGGCAUGGCACUGCGAGCAUGUGAAACAACAAUUGACGCAUCGUGGUACAACGUGGCACUUCAUACCACCAUCAGCCCCCCAUCAAGGUGGCAUAUGGGAGGCAGCUGUGAAGUCAGCAAAAAGGCUUAUUGUACGAGUAGUUGGCAGUCAAACUAUGAGCUAUGAACAAUUUAAUACUUUGCUCAUCCGAAUCGAGGCUUGCUUGAACUCUAGGCCAUUGGUGGCUUUGUAUGAUGAUCCAGACGACAAGCUAGCAUUAACACCAGGCAAUUUUCUUACGUGUGGUCCAAUUAUUGCUCUACCUGAACCCACAGUCAUGAAUUUACCAUUGAAUCGCAUUAAGGAAUGGAAUUUAGUUCGAUGA